ACAUGCCAGACUUCGGCCCUCUCGGCCUUGCUCACGAACCAGUAUAUCGGCCAGUGCGCCGCCGACUUGGGAUACUCAUUCACAUCCGGCACUCAGCCCGAUGCUGAGGAGGUUGCCGGUAUGUGUGCGUCGAGUGCAUGCGCCAAUUUGCUCGCUGACGUGGAGGCGUUGGGUCUGUCGGAGUGCAUUCUGCCAAUCGGCGACAAGAUCUACUUGUUCCGGGACCUAGUGGGCUACGUCGCGGACCAGUGCAGUUCGUCCUCGACAAUAGUGCCGGUGACGGAGAGUCCAACGACCUCGGCACCAGCCACCGGCACCCCGACGACAACAGCACCGUCAAUCGAUCCGUCUCCAGCCCCCAAUACUCCAACAACGAUGGCGCCUCCUACUACCUCAACACCGGGAACGGCGUCACCCGGUACAGACGCUCCAGGCACAAUUCCAGACACUGACAACCCCAAGACUGAAAUUCCAAUCAUUGGGACGCCAAUGACAGAAACACCCGAGCGGACGUCUCCAAUCCAUGACGCCUGCUAG